AUGCUGGACCUCCAGUCCAUUAGAGAAAGCAACUCCCAGUUACGGGAGGGGCAGCCUGAGUUUGUUGCUGUGAUGGGGGGUGCUACCAGUGGCAUUGGUGAGGCUACUUGCAGGGAGCUAGUCCGCAACGACGUAGCACUCUUGGAAAACGUCGACGACGUUUGCAAGCGAAUUGCUGCCGAGGCUGGUCACGUUAACUUACUGUUUCUCAGCGCCAAUGUCUUGCGGACGGCCCGUACCCCCACAUCUGAAGGGAUCGAUCAAAUGAUGGCUCUACAAUAUUAUUCUAGAGUACGAUUUAUAACGAAUCUUUUGCCAAGCUUGCAAAGCGCUGGCUCCAAGGGUGAGUUAGCACGUGUCGUUUCAGUGCUGGGUGCUGGUAAGGAGGGCAGGAUUUUUCACAACGACUUGCUGCUUGAACAAAACUUCAGCCUAUCAAACUGUGCAUCGCAAGCCAUGUGCAUGACUUCGCUAGCUUUCGAGCACCUGGCUGAGGAGAACGGCGUCGUGUCGUUCCUCCACGUCUCCCCAGGUGUCUUGCGGAGAACUACCAUCACUGCAGGGUUUGGUCGUGUCGUCAGCGCAGUCAGCCGCGUGCUCAUGACGUUGGCGAUUCCUUUCACUGUUUCGGUGGAGGAGUCCGGUGAGCGCCACCUCUAUUUCAGCACGAAGAAGAGCUACGAGCCUACUCGGGCCCAGCCACCACUACGCUCGUUUCGCUUGGACUUCAAAGGGCAGGUUUGCCCCAUUCCGGAUCUCCUGGCUCAGUAUCUGAAAGACGGGACCCAGGAUGAGGUUUGGUCUCACACCACUGACGUUUUCACCAGUAUGGGUAGGAAAUAUGCGUAA